AUGGGGAAAAUAAAGAAAAGAGCCACCUCCGGUAAUGCGAAGAACUUUAUCACAAGAACACAAGCCAUCAAAAAGUUACAAGUCUCCUUAGCUGAUUUCCGUCGACUUUGUAUCUUUAAAGGUAUCUAUCCAAGAGAACCACGUAAUAAAAAGAAAGCCAACAAGGGAUCAACUGCGCCAGUGACAUUCUACUAUGCCAAAGAUAUCCACUAUUUACUCCAUGAACCUGUCUUGGACAAAUUUAGACAACACAAGACUUUUGCCAAAAAAUUGCAACGUGCUUUGGGUAAAGGUGAAAUCUCAUCUGCAGCAAAACUCGACGCUAAUAGACCAAAAUAUACGUUGAACCACAUUAUCAAAGAGAGAUACCCAACAUUCCUUGAUGCUUUAAGAGACCUCGAUGACCCAUUAAACAUGUUGUUCCUUUUUAGCAAUAUGCCAGCUAUCGAUAAGGUCAGCACAAAGAUCAUUGCUGAUGCAGAGAAAUUGUGCAAUUAUUGGCUUGCUUACGUAUCAAAGGAAAGAUUAUUGAAGAAGAUGUUUGUUAGUAUCAAAGGUGUUUACUACCAAGCUACCAUAAAGGGACAGGAAGUGAGAUGGUUGAUUCCUUACAAGUUUCCCACCAAUAUCCCAACGGAUGUUGAUUUCAGGAUCAUGUUGACAUUUUUGGAAUUCUACUCCACCUUGUUGAACUUUGUCCUUUACAAACUAUACAAUGAGUCUGGGUUGAUUUACCCUCCUCAUAUUGAUAUUGCCAAGUUGAAAGCAGCUGGCGGAUUAAGCAGUUAUGUCUUGCAAUCCAAGGAUGGAAAAAAUGUGGCUAUAUUGCAAAAAAAGCAAGACGAUGCUGGCAGCAAUGUCGAAGGAAAGGAAUUAUCCUCGGCCGAACUCAAGAAAGCUAUCAAAGCUGAUAAAGACCAAAAGGAUCAAGACACAAUUGAAGAUGCCGAAGAAGUAACGGAACCAACUGUUGAAGAGACUGAGUUGGAUGAAUUUCAGAAUGGAACUACAAACAAUGCUGUAGACACAUUGGUCCAACCUUCGCAGUUCUCCUCACCUACAUCUCAAUUAUUCUCGAAAUUCAUUUUUUUCAUUGGAAGAGAAGUGCCACUUGACAUUCUUGAAUUUGUUAUUUUGUCAUGCGGUGGUAAAGUAAUCUCCGAAAUCAGCCUUGAUGACUUGAAGCUUAAUGACCCAAAGCUUUAUGCGUCACUAGACCUCAACUCCAUAACACACCAAAUCAGUGAUAGAAAGAAGAUUUUGCAGAAAGUACCUGGUCGUACAUACAUUCAACCACAAUGGGUAUUUGAUAGUAUCAAUAAGGGUGAGUUGGUCAGUGUAGGAGAUUAUGCUCCUGGUGAGACCUUGCCACCGCAUUUGUCACCAUGGGGCGAUGCCGGUGGAUAUGAUCCAAACGCCAAAGCUCAGGUCACAGCAGAAGGUGAGGAAGCAGAAGGUGCAGCUGAAGAAGAAGAAGAGGAGGAGGAGGAGGAUGAGGAAGAAGAAGAAGAAGAAGAAGAGAUUGAAGUUGCUGAUGGUGACGAGGACCAGGAUGACGAGGAGGAAGAGGAAAUCGAGGAUGAAGACCUCAAGGCUCAGAAAGAACUCGAGAUGGAGGUUGCAGGAAAGAAAUUCUCCGAAUUGCAGAAUGCAGAAGAAGGAUCGAAACAGAAGAAACAAAAGAAGAAUGCUUCUACUAAAGCAGCCUUAACACCGGAAGAAGAAGCUAAGGAAUUGGCAAAGAUUAUGAUGACAAAUAAGCAAAAGAAAUUGUACAAGAAGAUGCAAUACGGUAUCGAAAAGAAAACAAAUAGGGUCGAUGAGUUGACAAAAAAAAGAAAACAGUUGGAGAAGAAAAAGAAGCAAUUGAAAGAUGUUUAA